AUGCCACGAGAUCGUUUAGCAGAGCUUCGGGAGAAAGCUGGCGUUUCGGAGAAUGCGAGUUUGCCAAGACGGCGACCCUCAAAAAAUGACGAUGUAACUAAACCACUAAUUGAUCCUGAGGCGGACUUCGAAAUGUUUCUGCAAAGGUGCACCAACAUCCGAGAAGGAAUGAAAAGCUUAAAUGACGAUUACGAAGACAUCAAACAGCUUCAUGGAAAAUUGCUAACGACUCCUGGAGCCGAUGCAGAAUUUUCGAAGAGUCUCAACCAACGAACGGAAGUGUUUAUAUCGAAGUUUGGACAAAUCGGAAAAAGUUUAGAGAUAUUAAAAGAAGAAACCAAGAAUCUCCCUACUGCAACAUGCGGAAUAUCAAGAGCAAAAUGUGAGCAGGUUCGCAGUAUCACAAAAUCUCUAGAAACUAUUAUGCUCAAAUUCAAUAAAGAACAAAAUGAUUAUAAGGAAAAAGCCACCAAGAAGAUAACAGAAUACCUGAAAAUUAGAAAUAUUCAAUUGACCGAUGAUGAAGUCGAAGACGCCGUCAAUACGGGAAACUUAUCGGAUCUUACCAAGGGGGUUAUGCUGGCAUUGAGUGAGAAGAAAGCACUGUAUGACGAUGUUAAAUCGAGGGCUACUGAAAUUAAACGGCUCGAGGAACAAAUUCGACGGCUGGCCGACAUGUUCCACGAUUUGCAUCUACUGGUUGUCAGCCAGGGUGAAAUGCUUGAUCGAAUUGAGAACAGCGUGCAAAAUGCGACUGAGUAUGCAACUCGUGCUAGAGGAAACGUGGAAGAAGCUCGAAGGCUCAAAAAACGAGCUCAAAAAAUGAAAAUUAUCAUCAUCAUCAUAUCGAUUGUAUUCUUCCUCAUUCUUCUUCUAAUUGUUCAAGCAGCAAUUUGCCACUUUACUCCAAUAUGCUAA